AUGGCAGCUGAGAAGAAGGCAACUAUCUUGCAGAGUAAGAAUGAGGACUCGAAGAAGGAAAAUGAGGACUUGGAGAAGGAGAAUGAGGACUUGAAGAAGGAGAAUGAUGACUUGGAGAAGGAGAGUGAUGGCUUGAAGAAGGACGGCAUGUAUGCAAUGUCGGCUAUCGAGGCUUUCGAGGACAGAGGCAUCUCCGAGGAUGGGCUCAACGAGCUGGAGGCGAUUCCGCAGUGA